GUCAGCCAGGCUGUCAGGCGGUGAAUUGGGAUUGCCGCGGGAGGGGGGGAGGAAGGGGGGCUUAGUUGGCGGUUGGCAGCGGCUCCUCCUUAACCGCCGCCUCCUGCCUCAGAGGAAGGAGCAGCAGCGUCUCCUCCUCCAUGGCCACUGCGGCUCCCGGCGUGGCUCCCUCCGCCGCGCUGCAUGUGCUGCUGUCCGAGGAGGCCGGGCCCGGAGGCUUGGGACCCCCGCCUCCCUGAGGAAAGGGACCUGACAUGGCCGCCCAGAUUUUUUUUAAAUCAUGUCAGAAGCGACUUGAGAACAUACUGCAAGUUGCUUCUGGUGUGAGAGGAUUGGCCGUCUACAGAGACAUUGCCCAGGGGACGCCCGGAUGUGUAACCGUCCUUUUGGGAGGCUUCUCUCAUGUCCCCGCAAGCUAGAGCUGACAGACGGGAGCUCACCCCGUCUUGUGGAUUCGAACCGGCAACCUUCAGGUCAGCAACCCAACCUUCAGGUAAUACUUUGACUUUUUCUGAAUGCUGUAUCUGAGGAUUUAUUUCAAAUGAACAUCCCUGUUACUCUUAAAUUGCCUGAGAUGGCAAGUCCAGCCAUCAGCCCUGACUCUUCUUCCCAUGAAGGACUCUCUUCUGUCCACUCUAUACCUGCAUGCUCUCCUACUUCUGAUUCUGAGAACCUGAGCCCAGAUGAAUUGGAACUAUUAGCAAAGCUGGAAGAACAAAACAGGCUUCUGGAAGCAGAUUCCAAGUCACUGCGUUCCAUGAAUGGCUCACGAAGGAACAGCGGGUCCUCUUUGGUUUCCAGUUCUUCUGCCUCGUCCAAUUUGAGCCAUCUUGAGGAGGAUACCUGGAUCUUGUGGGGGAGGAUUGUCAAUGAAUGGGAAGAAUGGCGGAAAAAGAAAGAAAAAUUGCUCAGGGAGCUCAUAAGGAAAGGAAUUCCCCAUCACUUCCGAGCCAUUGUUUGGCAGCUUCUGUGCAGCGCCACCGACAUGCCUGUGAAGAAUCAGUAUUCAGAGUUGCUGAAGAUGUCUUCUCCGUGUGAAAAGCUGAUCAGGAGGGACAUUGCCAGGACGUACCCUGAGCAUGAGUUCUUUAAGGGACAGGACAGUCUGGGCCAAGAGGUCCUCUUCAAUGUCAUGAAGGCUUAUUCUCUAGUAGACCGUGAAGUUGGGUACUGCCAGGGCAGUGCAUUCAUCGUGGGAUUGCUUCUCAUGCAGAUGCCUGAAGAAGAGGCCUUCUGUGUGUUUGUACGGUUAAUGCAAGAGUACAGAUUACGAGAACUCUUUAAACCUACUAUGGCUGAAUUGGGACUCUGCAUCUAUCAGUUUGAAUAUAUGCUGCAGGAGCAACUGCCUGAACUGAAUAUCCAUUUCCGUUCCCAAAGCUUCCUUACUUCCAUGUAUGCAUCAUCUUGGUUUCUUACUCUCUUCCUUACCACCUUUCCACUACCUGUGGCCACUCGAGUGUUUGAUAUCUUCAUGUAUGAGGGACUGGAAAUAAUAUUCCGUGUAGGGAUGGCUCUUCUACAGUUCAACCAAGCUGAACUGAUGCAACUGGACAUGGAAGGGAUGUCACAGUAUUUUCAGAAGGUAAUUCCACAUCAGUUUGAUAGCUGUCCUGAUAAACUCAUCUUGAAGGCCUAUCAGAUCAAAUACAAUCCUAAGAAAAUGAAACGACUGGAGAAGGAGUACACUGCAAUCAAGAACAGAGAGAUGGAAGAGCAGAUUGAAAUCAAGAGGCUUCGUACUGAAAACCGCCUUCUGAAACAGAGAAUUGAAACCCUGGAGAAGGAGAGUGCUGCCUUGGCAGAUAGAUUGAUCCAGGGCCAAGUUACCCGAGCACAGGAAGCCGAGGAGAACUACAUCAUCAAGCGGGAGUUGGCUGUUGUGAGGCAGCAGUGCUGCUCAGCAACAGAGAACUUACAGAAAGCCCAAAGUACUAUUCGGCAGCUGCAGGAACAACAGGGAAAUCCUCGCCACUCUGAGGAAUUUGUAACUCACCUGGAAACUGAGUUGGAGCAAUCACGCCUGAGGGAAUCUGAGACUCUGAGUGCAUUGAAAGAGAUGCAGGACAAAGUGCUGGAUAUGGAGAAGAAGAACAGCUUGCUGCCUGAUGAAAACAACGUGGCACGCCUGCAGGAAGAACUGAAGGCGAUGAAGGUGCGGGAGUCUGAGGCCAUGAAGUCCUUCAGGGAACUCCAGCAGCAGGUCAAGGAACUCAAUGACAACUGGCAGGCCCAUUUGAGUCGGACAGGUGGGAGAUGGAAAGACUCACCUCGCAAGAACACCAUGAAUGAUCUCCAAGAUGAGCUGAUGAGCCUCCGUCUCCGUGAAACACAAGCUCAGGCUGAGGUCCGAGAACUGCGUCAAAGGGUGGUGGAGCUUGAAACGCAGGAUCAGAUUCACAGCAACCAUCUAAACCGGAUGGAGCAGGAGUGUGCGGGGCUGCAUGAAAAGGUACAAUACCUUACUGCCCAGAACAAGGGACUGCAGACCCAGCUAAGUGAGACCAAACGCAAGCAUGCUGAAUCUGAAUGCAAGAGCAAAGAAGAGGUGAUGGCUGCGCGCCUGCGAGAAGCUGACAGCAUGGCUGCUGUGGCAGAAAUGCGGCAACGGAUCGCUGAGCUGGAGAUCCAGAGGGAAGAAGGGAUGAUCCAGGGUCAACUAAACAAUUCUGACUCCUCCCAGUACAUCCGUGAACUGAAGGAUCAGAUUGAUGAGCUCAAGGCAGAGGUGAGCCCAAGUUGGUGCAAGAAAGAAGAGAAAUCUGUGAAUGAGCCAGGUUGUGUGGCUUCAGAUAGCUUAUUGAUCCGGCUGAUGAAGGGCCAGAAGCCUUUUGAGGACUCCAUGGGCUUUGAUGGCAUCCAUAUUGUGAGCCAUCUGGCAGUGGACGAUGACUCCCUGCAUUCCUCAGAUGAGGAGCUGCUCACCAGCCCCAUGGUGGUGGGUGCCCUGCAAGAUGUCUUGUACCCUUUGUCUCCCCAUAACACACACUUUCUACGGGGUGCUGAGAGCUCUGGCAAGGAGAGUGAUGGCACUACAGACAGUGAUCCAGAUGACCCUGCCUCUGCCACCGAGCCUAACGGCGAGAUCAUCUUUGCAGAAGCUCUGGGCAAAUGAGGGGAGAGGCUGCCACCCCACCUCCACUAGAAAGGCACUUGGUCUUCUGCCCAGCCUGUACUGAGGGGCCAGGGCCAGAGACAGACCAUGCGCGAUGCAACUGAGCAUUCCCUGUGAGUACUAUGCCCCUAUCUGGGGAUGGCACAGGGGAAAGGCAGAGCUCUACAGUUGGCCUGCAUUACCUGGACUAUCUCUAUUGACUUGAUUGUUGUCUGCACUGCCUUUUGCUCCAAGCUCUGUGGUCACUGGUAGUUGAAAUCCAAACCCACAUAUUAGCUUCAUUCACAUUUCCCCACCCCACCCUGUUGCCACAGCUUUUAAAAUUUUCGCCCACACACAGGUUUGCACAUUCAAGAACUGUGAAGGGACAACAGAACCAAGCAAGUCCACUGGUUCCAUCAAAUGCACUCCAGUAGAAUGACUCUCAGUCUCCUUCUUGCACUAGGAGAGAUGAGAGGGGCCAGUCUUCCCUUCGUUUAUAUGUGUCCCUUUCCCUACUGAUCUCCAUAAAGAAGAGAAAAUCAAAUGCCCCAACACUUGCUUGUCGUUUUCAGACCGGGGAAGGACAGGAAAGAGUGUAUGUAGAGGGUGCCUCUAAAGAGGAGAUUGCGUGCUAGAGAGAAAAUUAUAUUUUUGUUCCUGCAUAUAUUAUUUAUUUAUACUGUGUAAUUGCCAAACCUUCUCUCUUUGAGAAACCUUGGCGUAAAGCUUUAAGUUCAAUGAUCACGAGGGCUUUUCUGGAGCAGCCAGAACUGCUUCUGUAGCUAAAAACACAGCAUUUUUUCUAUUUAACUGUGCUGUGGUAAGGGAAAUGUUUUGUGUUACCUUCUGUGGCUCAUUUUGCCUGCAGCUGUAAUGCUGUUGUGCUGUAACCAUAACAGGAGAUUUAGGUGCUGUCUUACUCCCCACGAUAAACAGCAGUUCCUCAAGGAUUCCUUGCCUGGAAUUGUGUGGAAUGGUGCUGUAUUUUUCCACAACUCCAACUUUAUGGCUGUCUCUUUAAACUCUGGUCCUGGAAAAAUUCAGAUCAGUACCUGAGUUGCUUCAGGUAGGUGACAGUCCUUCAAAACACCUGGCAAAUAUAUUUUAUUUAGGAAAGAAAGCUGAGUUAGUAAGCUCCUUCCAUGAUUCACUAGGUCAGAAUAACUGGCUUAAUUUUAAAGUAUCAGAGAAUGCAAGUUGAGAAAUGCUUUUUUGUUGAUAAGCAAAGUUAGCAGGUAGAGAGAUGGGAAUUACAGGGCUGCAGAGAUUUGUGAUCCUCCCAAGAUUUUUUUUAAAUCUGUAUACCCAGACUUGUAUGUGAAGCUGUCCAUGAAGCAUACAUGAGACUCCCAGCUCCAUCUUGGUCUGCUAACAUUAAUGGGAUUUGUGUUGCAGUGGAGAAUCUGGGAGUGCUUAAUCCCUUGUCCCAGUCAAAUGGGUACUCAACUUCCCUCCAGUGCUUAUAAGGUAACCAGAAAACAGGUUUGCUAGUAUAAUAUAUAACAUUGCCCAUAAAUAUGUCACUUGCAGCAAUAACUUGCGCCCCCCCCCCCUUGUUCUUCUUCCCUGGUGUGAAGUUGGGGAGUUGAGAAGAAGAGGAAAAAGGUUUCUUUCUCAAUUACACCACUUUGUCAUCUUCCAAUAUUAUGAAAAUUGCUGGCACAAGACGAAUUGAGAGAUUUUAAUUCACUAGUCAUUCUGAAUAAAUAAUAUUUUAAAGGAACUGUCCCAUGGUCCCCAGCUCAACUGGGGAAAGUGCUAUUUUGGUGUCUGGGUUGCAGGGUGACCUCUGGCACCCAUUAUGUGUUCCUUCGUUUUACACUCUCCCUCCCUCUCAGUCCUGCCAGCUGGGGAAAAUAAGGGAGCAAGGUUUAGCAGCAUGUGUUGUUGCUAAACCGUCUCAACUAGAUAUGAUCUGCAGUUGACAUUCAUAGACCUUCUUUUCUUUCCAAGGCUCAGGGCUGCUAGUUUCACUCCACGUCCCCCUUACAUGAUGGAGCCACAGCUUAAAACCAGCAGAUCCCUUUCAUACAACAUGGUCCUUAGGGCCAUAAGCCCAGUGCUUAAGGCCAAGAUUCUGAUGCCUACUAAGCAGAAGACUAGGGCAUGACAGCUUUACAGAAAGUCACUUGGGUAUGUGUACAGUAUUGUUAUAAUCUUUUUGUUGAAGAUGGGGAGAUCUCAAAACUGUCCUGGAGAUACACAGCCUUGCAAAGUAUUAAAUAAAAGCAUGAUUGCAAAUGUUCCUGCCUGGUAAUGAAGACUAAGUAGUAUUAGGAGUGAUUCUAAUGUGGAAUCCUGCAUAUGUGGGCCCUAACAUAUGGGAAUUUGAUCCCACGAAGGUGGGAGGCAAUAUCAUUAGGCGAGCUCUAGUUAUAUAGGACCUUCUUUGCCAUAGAAUCUAUGGACUAGAUCCUGAAUGUGGAGGUUGACUGUUUCUGCUUUCGGGGAAGGAAGAGUGUUUCUUGUUAUAGACUGACUUUCCUUUCAUCCAUUAUUCAAUACUCUUUCAAACACUGUGCUGUUAUUAACAAGUAUGCCUUCUGCUUUUAUCUAAUUUCUAAAUCCUGCAACAUUAUGGAUUAACAGCAUUCUGCAUCAGGCACACAGUCCUUUCUGAAAAUGGUCUCCUUGGCAUGGGUUUACAGUAUAUUUGGUUCCUUGUGAAGGAGUAGCUCCUCGAAUUUUCCAAGUAUUCUUGUGUGUUAUCCAUACAACAAGCUAUGUUGGCUGCUCUCCCAUGCUGUUGUGAGAUUAAAAUAACAUUGGCUAAAUCACGUAGGCAAGCCUGCACCGGCCCAGUGCACCUCAUCGGUGAUCCUGAAGUUAUAAUAUUAUGUAUUUAUAUAAAUAGACCUGGGGAAAAGCUCCAGUUUGGUAUAACCUUGGAUAUUUUAAUAGAUGUAUUCUGUACAUACAUGCUACACUGUAUUGCCAAAUUCCUGUAAAUUUACUUUUGUCAUUUUUCAGUAUUCCCUAUGACAUCAGCAACAUAGUGUGUGGUCCAAACGGGUUCAGCCUGCACUCUUGCAUUGAUCUGCUCAUGUUGUUGGUCUGCUGCUGUUGCUUUUUUUUCUCUUGCUGCCUUUCCCCUCUCCCCCCACACCCCUUGCCCCCUUACUAGCAGUGGGCACAUUCGUUGUGUUGGAUGGCCUGUGAAACUGUUUGCCAGUUUGUGCAUAAUUCCUAGCUGUUAUUUGUUUAUGUAGUGCUACUUGAACACAUGCUGCCUCCAGGAUUCCAAGCUGGGAAGAGCUUUAAUCAGAACUGUUUCUCAUUCUGAAGUGGCCCCUUUGGAGUUCCCAGGAGUAAAUGGGAAAAAACCAGCCUCAUUUAGACAGAAAUCCCAAAUCCAAUCCUUAGUCUGUUUUGGUCAGGAUUCCAGGUGCUUGUUUUCAACGUGAAAGUCAUUUAGUUUUGAAUUAAUGAGUUUGGCUUCUUCUGGCAACAUCUGUAUGAAGUAGAGCUUGUAACAUUUGACCUCUCCUAUUAUACUCUACUGCAGUUAUUGAUUCCCAUUAUUAACAUUUUGUCACAGCAUUUGAAACUAUGGCUAUAAAACAGUGUGAUGUAUUAUGAUUGGUGGUUGCCACAAACCCCAGCUAUGUCACUGCUUCUAUAAGUGCAGUGUUGGCAGACCACCAAAUUGGCAUAUGUGUGUAUUCACCCCAAGGACUCUGAUUUUUGCUGCUUUCCAGCAGAGAAUAUUUGUUUAUAUUUUUUUGAGCACUGGCUGAAUGACAUAAAACCAUGUGGUAAAAAUCUGGAUAAUAUGCAAUAAAACUUUAAAACACAAAUUUAUUCCUAAUUGAAAUCUAAUCAAUUCCUCCCAAACAUAGUAGUAAAGGUAUCAAAAGACUGAAUGGGAGACUGCAAUUGUCAUUCUGCUGCUAAAGAGCAUAAGACAUUCAUCUGAUUCAAGAUGGCAUUUUCAGUUCUCUCCUGCUGUGUUUGGCUAAAUAGUAGUCGGUGAGAAUGCCCAGGGAACUGAACAACUGCAAGCAUGCCGUAGUGAGGCUGAUUUAUUCUCUCAUGGUUUUUGACAGAUAAUCUGUUCAUGUGGAGAUAACAUCCAAAUGAUAUUCUCAAAAUUCUAUUAAGUCCAAGGACUUGCUUUAGUUGUAAUCAUUGACUAAAUUGGUAACCCCCUGGAAUGGAGUUACCAUAUUUACUCGAUUCUAAGGCUCACCUUUUUGACUAAAUUACCUUCCCAAAAUUAGGGUGCACAUUAGAUUCACAUAAUAUGGUAAAUACUUUUUGGGUUUCAGGAUUUUGAAAAUGGAGGUGCGCAUUAGAUUUGAUGGUACAUUUGACUCAAGUAAAUAUAGGUACAGUAGAAUCUCACUUAUCCAACAUAAACAGGCCAACAGAAUGUUGGAUAAGUGAAAAUGUUGGAUAAUAAGGAGGAAUUAAGGGAAAGCCUAUUAAACAUCAAAAUACAUUAUGAUUUUACAAAUUAAGCACCAAAACAUCAUGUUUUACAACAAAUCGACAGAAAAAGCAGUUCAGUACAUGGUAGCGUUAUGUAGGAAUUGCUGUAUUUACAAAUUUAGCACCAAAAUUUCACAAUGUAUUGAAAAAUUGACUACAAAAACACUGACUACUAAGAGGCAAACUGUGUUGGAUAAUACAGAAUGUUGGAUAAGUGAGACUCUGCUGUAUAUUUUUUGUCUAAUAUUUGCCCUCUGAAUGACCAUAAUUCCAUUGCUAUUUCCAUGUAGAAUGGGGCUCCCCAAUAUGUUGACUUAUCACAAGAUUUAAUUCUUGUGUUGCUUCUGUAUGGAUUUUGAAUGCUGUUUUCCAGAACUAGUUCCAUAGGUCUCCUCUCCUUUAGGCUAAUCAAGAUUCAAGCCAAUGUCUGCAUUCUGCAUAUUAUCUACACAAAGCUUGUGCCUUGCCAUGCAUGGCUGGGGCCAGCCUGUCUGGUUCCAUGCGACUUCCUGGGCAUUAUUAUUUUUGAUCUGUAUCAUGAGGACAGUUUUCUGCCUAGCUAGAAUCCCAUUUUAGCAGGCAUUUCUCUGAACUGUCAUGUCAAAACGUCUGUCAUCCUUCUCUGCUGUCCCCCCCUUUUAUUAUUUUAAGCAUGAUUCUUGGCACAAAGUAUUAUGAAGGACUGUGUACAUUCUUUUCUUAGACAUAAUGGCUUUUGUGAGCUUUUUUCCCAUGCAUUUCCCUUUGCAGCUACUCCUGAGUAUUUCCAACUGAAGGUGCCAAAUACUUUAGCCUAUUCAGUACUCUGCAGUAUUGGACAACAAAUGUAUCCAGGAAGACUGGAGCCAGGUGAGAGAGGCAGGGAAAUGUACCUCCCCAUUCAGACAUCUCUGGUGCCUAUCUGUAUCUGCCCAACUGUGGAUUUGCACAGACCCCCCCCCCCUUUUUUUUUCUUUUUUCUUUUUUUUUACCGUUUUGGGCUACUCAUGUGGCCUUCCAGUAUUCCCAAUAGCACUGGGUUAUCAGACCCUCUCUAUGCUCCAUGGCAGGCUGCCCAUUUAUACCAGGGAAAGAAAGUAGGCUGGAACAGCCAUUUAUAUGUGACCCCAAUCUUAGGUAGGAUAGGGUGGAGAAGAUGCUAGUGUGUGACUUUGAGAGCUGCGGACAUGGUUCAACUUGCACUUUAAUAGUACUACUUUCCCUUCCUCAUAGAGGGAAAUUAAUGUGGUGUUCAUGUUUAUGCCAGCAUUAUCAAUGCACCCUCUAUUAUUCUGGCUUUGACACUGGGCUUCAAGUCAUUGCCUAGCUUGAACACAGCCUUCUCAUGUGCCACAAUAUCUCUUUCUGUAUAAGCAGGAGAGACUGUAUUUACUACUGUGAAUAACUUUGGGUGACACUCUGUUAAUGACACUAGUCCAGACCAUGCCAACCCCCUGACAUAGGAUGUAAAGAUAUCAUCUGCCAAGAGACAGAGUAGAAUAGGAACCAUAACAAACUGAGCUGUAUUCCUCAAGCUGUUGUUUUUAGUCUUCCGUAAAAUCAGUAAUGGUGAACACAGACCUUCAUGUUUUAAAACCAGAUGAUGUCACUUCAGAGUACUACUACUAUUCACCCCAUAACUCAUCAUUUCUGUUCUGAAGGGAACUUAGAAAAACUGUUCAUGCCUUGCUAAGUCUGACCCAGGGCAUGGCUGGCUUUGGUUGGCACUGGUCAAUUGGCACUUUUGAAACACACUUUUGUCCCUAUGAAUCUGUUUACAAUAAAAACAUUUGUUUACUGUUGGAAGGGUAUGUAUUACAUAAAAACAAUUGCCACUUUUAAAAAAUAACAGGCUGCCUGGUGCAUGAAAUGUAUGAUAAAUAAGAGAAUGAGAUCGGCUUCCUUAGGAAACAAAUCUCUCCUCCAGCAUUAUUAAAGUUGUUGCCGUGAACAGGCGGUAAAUAACAUCAGUUGCAAAACCAAGUGAAAAUAGCACUGUGGGUUACUUACUCUAAGACUCUGCUGCUGGUCUUUCCCUAAUGCUGCUAUCCCUGCCUUUUAAAUAAUCUUUUCACUAUUAAAAAGGUUGGUGUGCUUUUAAAAAAAGCAUCAUGAUGAUUGGGGGGAGGGAGUGGAAACCUGAUCUUUGUGGAAGUUAGAAGGGUGAUCUUGCUUAUGAUUUGCUCCAGCAAAGGCAUUGAAGGCAUGCACUGUUGGGAUGCUGUUGCUUCUCACUCUUCCUGUAGGCUGAGACUGUAAUGAUGGGAAGGAGAUGUUGGUAGUAACGACAUUGAACAGGAAUGCCAUUGCAAUUAGGGGCUUGAGGAAGAAGGGGGUACAAUUGGGAACAGGUUAGUGGUUUAAGGGAAGGAAAAAUGAAUUCGGACUGUAGAACAGAUGGGUUUUGUUUAGACAGAGGUAGACAACAGUAUUUCAUUCUACAUUCUUUUUCAGUUUGAGUUGAGAAUAUAUCUAGAAUUAAGUGUUCUCUAACUGCAAGAAUGCCAAAUUAAAGUUCAGUUAUUCAUCUUAGGGCAAAAGAAGCCUCCCUCUCUGGGAUAGUAGGCACAUUCAUGCAUACCAGUGGUUCUCAACCUGGGGUCCCCAGAUGUUUUUGGCCUACAACUCCCAAAAAUCCCAGCCAGUUUACCACCUGUUAGGAUUUCUGGGAAUUGAAGGCCAAAAACAUCUGGGGACCCCAGGCUGAGAACUGUUCAACAAGUUGGCACCAAUAGAGGCCAGAGGUGCAACCAAGCGUUGUGCCAGAUUUAUUUCACCAUGUCAGCUAGCUCCACUGUUCUUGAGUGGUCUGUGAUUUUGAGGUGAACUUUAGGAACCAUCACCCCAACAGUAAAAAUCCUGCAUACUUUUAUAUGCACAAUGUUUAUAUGACAGCAUGCCUGGAAAUCCCAAAGCAAGAAUAUGGCCAUGUGCAUUUAAAAGUAUAAAGGAUUUUUUACUGUUGGGGUGAUGGUUCCUGAAGUUCAUCUCAAAAUCACAGACCACUUUAGAACAGUGGAAUUAGCUGUCAUAAUUAGUGAAACAAAUCUGCCACAACUCUUGGUUGCACCUCUGGCCUCUAUUGGUGACAACUUGUGGAGCAGGAUGCAUGAUAGGAUAUAAGAUUUGGAGGAUCAGGGUGGAGGAGAAUAUGCCGAAUUUGGCCUCUGUGGCAGAGCUAAUGCCUUUGCUGAGACCCUUCCCUCUGCUACGGCCUCUCCUGGCAGAAGUGGACCUAUUCAUAUUUCAUCUUUGUAUAUUAGUGUAUCCCAUAGUCCGUGCAGCUAAACCACUCACUGCUAAUAAACAGCCAGCUGCUUCUGGAAAAACAUGCAGGUUACAGUGUGUUUGCUUUCCAGGUUGAUACCUUGAUCUCCUCACUGCCCCAAGUGUUCCUGAAAUCAUAUAUUUUCGGUGUACCAGUGCCCUUCUCUGCUCCUCAGAAUAGUAAGUUCCAGUUUUUCUAGCCAAUGGCCAUUUUAAAACAAAUACUGUUGUACAAAAUAUCUGUAAUUUCCAAAAUCAAAAUAAACUAUUUACACUGUC